AUGCUUGACUUCGAUGUUUACCAGGGCAGCAAGAAUGGAAUACGCGUCAAAUCUGAACUUGGAUUGUCAGGUGAUGUUGUAUUGAAGCUUGCCUCCACACUUCCUAAGGGUCAGAACUACAAGAUCUAUGCAGACAACUACUUCACCUCUGUUCCACUGGUAGUGAAGCUCCUUGAGCAUGGAAUCCAUUAUGUGGAUGAGAAGAGCUUGAAGAAGAAGGGUAGAGGAAGCUUUGACCACAGAGUGGAGGGGACACAAAACGUCUGCGCUGUGAAAUGGUAUGACAACAGGGCAGUCACACUUGUGUCAUCCUUCACUGGACCAGAACCUGUGCAGGAGAUUCAGCGCUGGGACAAAGCCACCAAAACCUACAUUGACGUUGAAAGACCUUACAUUGUGGCUACCUACAACAAAUACAUGGGAGGUGUGGAUUUGUUGGACUCAUUUACAGCAAAAUACAAGAUCACCCUGAAAUCCCGCCGAUGGUACAUGUACAUCUUCUGGCACACCAUCACCCUCGCCGUGGUCAACGCCUGGCUCCUCUACAAACGGCACUGUCAGGCUCUCGCGAUGCCAAAGAAGGAGAUGCUAAACAUGAGAAAGUUCCAGGCACAGCUAGCAUCCUCUCUCAUCCUGAUGGACACAACACUCACAACUCCAAAAAGAGGACGUCCAUCAUCAGGCAGCGGGAACCCAGACGCAGCAGGGAGUCCCUUGACUGCUAGGAAGAGACCAUCCUCAGAUGAUGGGAGUCCAAAUUGUCCGUCCAAGAAAUCAUGUGCACACCCCCCACUCGAUGUGCGCAAGGACCUCACUGGACAUUUCCCCAUGAAGGUCAAGAGAGGACGCUGCAGACAUUGCAGUAAAGGGUAUACGAAUACCCAUUGCAGCAAGUGCGAUGUUCGCCUCUGUUUUUCAGAGGAAAGGAACUGUUUUUGGGACUAUCAUUGUAAAUAAAAA